GUGUGUGUCAGCCCAGCUGCUGUGCUUGGGGGUGCAGGAGUGAUGGGGAGCCCAAGCCCAGCCCUGCUUUCAGGCAGAGUCUGCGGUUCCCAACUUUGCUUUGCAGGUGGAUGCGCCACAAUGACGGUGAAGAAGACUCAGGCUCUGCAGGAUGGAAGUGCCAAGGAGAACGUGCUGCAGAGGGUGCUGCAGCUGCCCGUGGUGAGCUCGACGUGCGAGACGCUGCAGCGCAAGUACAGCAGCACCAAGGAGUCCCACCCGCUGAUGGCCUCGGUGUGCGAGGUGUACGAGCGGGGCGUGCAGGGCGCCGGCGCCCUGGCCAUGUGGGGCAUGGAGCCCGUGGUGCGCCGGCUGGAGCCGCAGUUCGCUGUGGCCAACAACCUGGCUUGCCGGGGCUUGGACCACCUAGAGGAGAAGAUCCCUGCUCUGCAGUACCCUGUUGACAAGCUCGCAUCUGAACUGAAGGACACCAUCUCCUGCCCCCUCCAAAGUGCCAAAAGCACCAUUGGCAGCUCCAUGGAUAAGAUCAUAGAGCUGGCAGCGGAGGGCUAUGAGGCCACCAAGAACACGGUGGAAACGACAGCCAAGUACACAAGGAAGAACUCAGUGACCCAGAUGGCAGCUGCAGGGGUCGACACAGCCCUGGGAGGGCUGGAGAAGCUGAUGGAAUACCUGCUGCCAGAGGAGGAUGAAGAAGCAGAUAAGAAGCCCAAAAAGAAACGUCUGUCAACAUCAAAGGUGUCCCAGCAGCAGCCCAGCACUACCACCACUCCCUGCACUCCCAGUUCUCCCAGUGCUACCAGGGCUCCCAGUGCUCACAGCACUGCCAGGGCUCCCAGUGCUCCCAGGGCAUCCAGCACACCCAGCACUCCCAGCACUCCCAGUGCUCCCAGUGCUCCCAGUGCUCCCAGCACCCUGGGCCGGAUUGGCGCUUUGGUCAGCACCGUGUCCCACCGAGCUUACCAGCAAACCACCCAAAGCCUCCAGCGUGCCAAAACCAAAGGGCAGGAGCUGGCCUCCUGGAUACCCAUCCUGGGAAGCCUGGCCAAGCCGAGCGCCCCUGCAGCCCCUCAGGCCCGCAGUGAUGGGCAGGGCAGUGCAGGAUGGCUGACCCGGCGCCAGAGCAAGGCACCGGAGCAGAAGCAGGAGAAGGCAGGGAAGAAAGACACCAACCACACCAAGGAGGGACAGGACCCCGGGCUCGUGGGCAGCGUGGCUCACAACCUGCAAACCGCCUACGCCUCGGGCAUCUCCAGCGUGAAGAAGGUCCCAGCCGUGGCCUGGGAUGCGGCAGAGGGCUUGAUCCUCUUCACCCCCCGCAGGCUGUCCAGGGCCAUGGAGACAGUGGAUGCUCUCGGGGGGACCCUGGUCAGUGCCCCGAAGCAUCUGCUGGGCACCCUGUACAGCUACGUGCCGCUCCGCAGGCAGUCGGUGAAGGAAGAAGAAGCACCCAGGAGCAGCAAGACCAACACGGAGAAGAAAGAGAAGAAGGAGGAGGAAGAGGAGACCAAGCCUGCUGCCCCCUCCACUGAGGAGAAAUCCCAGCUGAGGGGUGACUGGCGGCUGUACCGUGGCCAUCACCCCCUCUCCUUCCUGGGGCUCGAGGACCCCCUCUUCCUGCGGCACAACUACUACCGCAGCCCUGCCUUCGACCCAGACUACCCGUUCCCACGGAAAUCCGCCUUCUCCCCCUACAACCGGCGGGUGAGCGAGGGCUCCUACCGCUUCAGCCCCGACUCCAUGUACAGCCGGGCCUACUACGGCAACUUGUACACUCCUGUCUUCAAGAAGGACUGA